ACUCUGGAAGGGAUUGAGUGGUAGACUGCCCCUGAACCUGAAUGCUUCCUUUAGCUAUCCUAAAUAACUAUUGGAAGACGUCAUUUCACCUGUCUACUUCCUAAAAUUUAAUCCAAAGCACCGAAAUAGGUGCAAAAAUUGAGACCUGGGCCUCUAGCUGCACACACGGUGGGCAUUUUUUAAUUGUAACCCAAUAGAAUGCAUAAAUAUUACACACAGACACAGAUGGAAUAAUAUAAUGCACACUGAAUUUAAUGAUUAUACAAAGUGAAAUUACUUCCAGCAUUUACUGUAACUUAGUUAAGGUACAUAAAUAUCACACCCAUCUGCACGGUUCAUGAAUAUUGCACACCACAGCUGUGCAAUCUUAUAUUCCAACCCACUCAGGGUGCAUAAAUAUUAACCACUCACACAGUGCAUGAAUACCACCCCCUUCGCGCAGUCAUGCAAUCUUUAUUAUAAACCAGUCAGGGUGCAUAAAUGUUACAGGGUGAUGAAUGUUGCACACAGGAAUGCAAUGUAGCAUAAGUAGAACGCAUAAAUCUUACAACUCCUGCAGUCUUUACUUGUAAACCACUUGAGUGCAUGCAAUCUUGCGCACAAAACGAUGCAUGAAUAUUAUAACACAGCCAUGCAAUCUUUGCUGUAACCCAAUUUGGAUGUAUGAGUGUGUGUGUGUCUCACACACACAACUCCAGCAAUCUCUCAUUUUGCAGCCCAGUUUAAGGUGCACAAAUCUCUCUCACGCGCAUUUUCGUGCAACCUUCAUUGCUAGUUCUGGGUGCAUAAACAUUUCUGAGCGCCCUCGCGCAGGCGGGCGCAUGCACGUUGGAUCCCACGAAAGGAACGCGCUCCCCAGAGCCGCUAACGGAUGAAGACCUCGACGGUUGGCAAAAGGGGUGGGCAGGACAAUGGCCCAUUUACUCCCUAUCCCCUGUCCAGUGAAACUGGGGACGUUGAAGAGCGAAUCUCUUGAAGCUCGUUUGCACGAAUAUGUGAAGCAAGGCAAUCACGUGAAAGUGAAGAAACUUCUGAAAAAAGGAAUCAGUGCUGACUCGAUUAACUCAUUGGGGCAGACUCCCCUAUUCACUGCUGCCUUGCUUGGUAUUGGGAAAGUUGUCAGCGUUCUUUUGGAUUAUGGUUCGGAUCCCAAUCACCGCUGUCACGAUGGGAGCACUCCGGUCCAUGCGGCAGCUUUCUCAGGCAACCAGUCAAUUCUCAGCAAACUGCUGGAUGCGGGUGGAGACCUGCGAGUCCAUGACAGGAACGGGAGGAACCCGCAGAGCUGGGCUGUGACAGCUGGGAAGGAGAGCAGCGCUCAGAUGCUCGAGUUCAUCCAGCGAUGUACAUCCCACAUGCAGGCGAUUGUGCAGAACUACUCCAUAGACUUGCUGCGGAAGGUGGACUCUCCCAGAGCUUUGGUCUCUAGCCCCUCCAAGUUUGUGGGCAUCAAGCAAGGGACGGCUGACAAGAUUCUGAGACGCGGGAGCAGUGCCCCCCAAAACAUUUACAGCUUUGGCUUUGGGAAGGUUUACCUCACAGGCAGCCGUCAGCUGGGCUACCUGGCAUCGCUCCCCAUCAUUGCGGAUAAGGAAGUGGUCCAGGCUGAUGAUGAACCAACCUUCUCCUUUCCAGCUGGGCCGUACAUGACUAUGACCAAUUUGAUGUGGGGUGGAAGCAGAGUCACAGUGAAGGAGCUGAACAUGAAACCCCACCAGCACUGCAGCAAGCUGCGCCUCUCCGACCUGCUUCUCGCGGAACAGGAGCACAGUAGCCAGCUCCGCCAUCCUCAUUUGUUGCAGCUGAUGGCCGUCUGUUUAUCCAGCGACUUGGAGAAAACGCGAUUAGUGUUUGAGAGGGUUACUUUUGGCUCCCUCUAUAGCAUCCUUCAUGAGAGGCGUUCGGAGUUCCCCAUUGUGCACAUGGAGACCCUCGUUCACCUCUUGCUCCAGGUGAAUGAUGGCCUGAGGUUCCUGCACUCGCAUGGCUUCAUCCACCGCACGGUCAGCUCCUAUGCUGUGGUGGUUGUUUUGGCGGGGGAAGCCAAGCUUACCAACCUGGAGUACAUGAUCGAGAGCAAGGAUGGGGGAGAGCACAGCGACCUGACACGGCUGCCCAUCCCUUCCCAGUUAUACAAGUGGUGCGCUCCGGAAGUAAUCCUCCAGAGGACCGCGACCACCAAGUCUGACAUCUACAGCUUCUGCGCAGUGAUGCAGGAGGCUCUGACAGAUACCAUCCCCUGGGAUGGGUUCGAGGGCCCGGAUGUUAAGGAUCUCAUAGUUUCGGGGCAGUGGCUGGAAGCGGAUGCCAGGCUGCCCAAGCCCUAUUAUGACAUCGUGAAGACCGGGCUGGAGUCCAGGCAGAAGCAACGCACCAUGAACCUGCAGGAUAUCCGAUACAUCUUGAAGAAUGACCUGAAGGAUUUGCUUGAGUCUCGUAGGACCCGCCAUGGUGACAGUUCUGGGCCGUCGAAGGCCGAAGCCCGUGCUGACAUUAAUAUCUGCUUGCCGUCCGCCUCCGCUGUCUCGGUCAAGGUGGAAGAAGAGUUGCCAGAAGAGGAGCAGGAAGAAGAGAAGCCAGAAGAGGAGCAGAGCGUCCCGUGUCUGCCUUCCGGGAGCUUCACCGUGAUGAGAUGCGCUGCUUCUGCUCCCAGAAUCGAAGGUGCCGCUGUCCACCAGUCUCAGCCCGCCCUCCCUGCCGCUCAGUCCGGCCACCUCUUGACUCCCAAAGUCCAGGGGGGCACCAGCGACAGGGACGAGAGCCUCUGCAGCUUUGAAAUCAACGAGAUCUACACCUGCUACCCUGAGAUGUGCGGGGACAGCACGGAGGAGGACACAACAUCGGGACCGGGCCAGGGAUCCCCAAGGCAGCCUCGGACCGUCCCAGGGGAUUGGGCCAAAGCCCUUUCGCCGCCCCUGCCAGCCAGAAUUCAGGACGGGCAGACAAGCUGCAGCGAGGGGGGCGCCAUCUCCGAUUCAGAGUCGGAAUACACCAGGGAAGAGGUCACCUACAUGUCGCAGGCCUACCCUGGGCAGCAAAUGGUGAGGUUCUCCAGCCCCCGGGGCCGGAACACCCCCUGGAAGGGGGGCCACUACUUUGGGAAGUGCGUCCUCAACCUGAAGAUCUCCCAGACGCUGCUGCAGCAGGCGAGGGACUCCCUCUGCCGGACGGAAAGGAAGCUGGACCAGCUGGAGAGCUUCAGAAAGCCCCAGCCCCAGCCAUGUGCCGUUGCCCUGAACCCCAUCGUCCGAGGAUACUGGGAGAAGGACGAGGGCUCCGCUUUUGGAAACCUCAGGGCGCCCUGCAGCGGACCCAGCGCCUUCCUCUGGAAAGCGGUGGGCCCUCCGUCUGUGAACUACGUCCCUCCGCCGCUGCGCGUCAUGGCCAUGCAGCGGCCUCUGGUGAUUCAGCCCUUCCAGCCCAUGGAGCCAGAGCGCAGGAGCCAGGACACCACCUGCUGGAGCGACUGUGGGCUGGAGGCGCCCAAAAGCCCCUGGAGCAGAGGGGAAGUGGAACCCAACUAUCAGCUUUUGCACCCAGGCGUCACCGUCCGGAGGAAGAGAAACAUGAGCCCACAGUUGUGGCGAGGGAACCUCUCUGCAGUGGACGAUGGGAACAGAUUUUCAGAUGGGUUCGUCUCAAAAUCAACACCUGAAAUUUAUGACGAUAGUGUGAGGAGGGAGGAGAGGAGGAUGGCACAGUCUGAAUGGACAACGGAAGUGAAGCAGAUGGCGAGGCAAGCGGCUUCCGGGCAGCUUGGCCUUCCGCCCCAGUAUCGUCUUGGUGAAUGGACAUCGGAGAGCGAGGGGGAGAGCAUCAAGGAUGCCUUCUGGAGCACCAGCAGCAAGGAGAGACUCCAGUUCCACCAGUGGAACACCGAGGAGGGGAGGCUGCGGGCUGACAGCGGAAUCGGGGACCACCGUUUGCCCUGUGACCGCAGCGAAGAAAAUGCCCCGGAAGUUGCGUUGAAAAGAUUUGUGGUACCCGAGAGCCAAAGGACUGACGGCAGAGGCAUCCAGUUCCCAGCAAAUGAGGUGCUAACGGAGUGUGGCCUGGCCUCUCGAAAGAGCGCUUCGCUUUCUGUCACCGCCGAGGACCUUUGCCGGUUGGAGGAACUGGGCCCUUCCCUGUCUCCCUCCCUUGAUGUAUCAGAAGAGUUCUUCACUCCUGACGCAGAGUUCUUCUACUGCUCCUCAGUUCCUCCUGGGAAUGCAGGACCGGAGAACUCAACUGCUGUUGAAGAAGAAGACCUGGAAAUCACCCAAGAUAUUUGCAGUCAGGAAGACGACUUGGAGACAUUCCAAGAAAUCUGUGGGAGGAAAGAAUGCCCCACAGACGCAGAGCAACGAGGAAAACUAUUUCCCCACUGCGGCGCAGAGGCGAAACAUCUCCCUAGCAAGGCGCCAGGGGAGGAUUUGUUUACACCUGCAGCCAGCACCGGAACUACGCAGUUUGUGAGGCCCAGCAAGGCGCCAGGAGAGUUCAGAGAGAAAGAAGUGUCACUCAUUGAUAUUCAGGACUUGUCCAGCAUCAUCUGCGAGGAGACGUUGAAGGCAACGCCAUACGCAACUCCCAGAAACAGUCACUCGCCCAUGGAUGCCAGCACUCCGCUUAGCCCAGCACAGGCGCCGCCCAGGUUUUCCUCCACCAUCACGAAGUACAAGGACUACUGCGUGACAAUAGACACGACAGGCUGGGGGAGCCGGGAGGCCUCCCUGUUGGGAUUCAGCACCUUUGCCACUGCCUGUGCCCAAGGGAAGAUCGUAGAGUUGCCCCCCACCCUCCAGCAGCCGUCAGACGCAGUCUCCAAAACGGGUGCCUUGUCGGAACCCCCUGGCGUACAGUUGCACCUUCAGAGGGGUCAGAAAGAAUUGGAGGCUCCCCCUUCUGCUCAGGAGAGCCAGCUCCAGGAAGUGAUUCCUGAGCAAGCAGAUCCAGAAGAUCAAGAAAUAAAGCUGGACGAGUGCAAAGCUGAUGGCAGCCUCUGGAACAAUGACACUUUGUGUCUAGAAGAAGAUACAGACAGGGCUCACUCAAGCCUUGAUGAUGUUUUGGAAGCUGUCCUCAGGCCAGUUGCCGACAGUCGCAACCCUCGCGCAGAGCCAUCAGCCCCCAUCAAGAGGGAGCCAAGCCACGCCCAUCACGGAAACAUCGAGAUGAGGGACGGAGCAGAGGACAGCUUCAGCGAAUCGGAGGGUUCUGCCGAGAAUGUUGAAGGUCUGUCUUGAUCCAUAAAAGAAACAUGGAACUGUG